UCCAUUAGUAUAAAUAAAUAAAAUAAUAUUAAUUAAAUUAAGUAACAUAGUGUGUCAGUUUCUGGGUUGGAUUUAAUGAAAGCAUAGUCCGUGUCUCCUCCAGAGUCAGCCUCUUCGUUUGUCACAUUUUAGAGAGAGAUUGAGAGAGAGAGAGAGAGAGAGAGAGUGUAAAUUGUGAUUUGUUGAAUAGGAUCUAAAGCGUGUUAUCUGAGAUUAGAAGAAGACUUUUUAUGCAAAUUUGAUGCUCCUCUUCAAACACUGCUAAGACUUGUGACAUCUGCCAAGUAACUAGAGUGGAAUUUCAAAGUGGAUUUUAUGACACAUUAGAUUCUUGGGGCUGUCACUCUAUUUGAACAGAUGUCCUUCCGUAGUAUAGUUCGCGAUGUAAGGGAUGGAUUUGGAAGCUUAUCGAGGCGGAGUUUUGACUUGAGGCUUUCUGGCCAUCACAGGGGCAAGUCUCGUAGCUCUGUCCACGAGUUGCAUGAUCAGCCUCCGGUUAUACAGAACAGCCGGUGGGCUAGUCUUCCACCUGAGCUUCUUCGCGAUGUUAUUAAGAGGUUGGAGGCUAGUGAGAGUACCUGGCCCGGUCGUAAGCAUGUGGUUGCGUGCGCAGCUGUGUGCAAAACCUGGAGAGAAAUGUGCAAAGAAAUUGUGAGCAGUCCUGAAUAUUGUGGGAAGAUUACUUUCCCUGUUUCCCUGAAGCAGCCUGGGCAUAGGGAUGGACCCAUCCAGUGUUUCAUCAAGAGAGACAAGUCUAAGCUGACAUACCAUCUCUUCCUUUGCCUUAGUCCUGCUUUGCUUGUUGAAAAUGGGAAGUUUCUUCUUGCUGCAAAAAGAACCAGAAGGACAACUUGCACAGAGUAUAUUAUAUCAAUGGAUGCAGAUAACGUAUCAAGAUCUAGUAGCACUUACAUUGGAAAACUGAGGUCAAAUUUUCUUGGCACCAAAUUUAUAAUUUAUGAUACACAGCCUCCCUAUAACAACGCUCAGCUGUCUCCACCGGGCCAGAGCCGCAGGUUUUAUUCGAAAAAGGUCUCUCCGAAGCUCCCUAGUGGCAGCUACAAUAUCGCCCAGGUCAACUACGAGUUGAAUGUCCUUGGUACUAGGGGCCCAAGAAGGAUGCAUUGCACCAUGUAUUCAAUCCCCACAUCAUGCCUUGAGCCCGGCGGCUCGGUUCCAGGUCAGCCAGAGCUCCUGCCCCCCUCCCUUGAGGAUUCUUUCCGGAGUAUCUCCUUCUCAAAGUCGAUAGGCCAUUCAACUGAAUUUAGCAGCUCCAGGUUCUCUGACAUACUGGGCGCGGGCAAUGAGGACGUGGAGGAAAAGGAGAGACCACUAGUCCUUAAGAACAAGCCUCCACGGUGGCAUGAACAGCUGCAGUGUUGGUGCCUCAACUUCAGGGGAAGGGUGACCGUCGCCUCGGUCAAGAAUUUCCAGCUGAUUGCUGCAAAUUCACAACCUGCUGCUCCUCCUCCUCCUGCAGGAACAGGACCACCAACAUCUCAGCCGUCGCAGUCUGACCCUGACAAGAUUAUUCUUCAGUUUGGCAAGGUCGGCAAGGAUAUGUUCACAAUGGACUACCGGUACCCUCUAUCAGCAUUUCAGGCAUUUGCCAUAUGCUUGACUAGCUUUGAUACAAAACUGGCUUGUGAAUAGUACAGAGAUUACAUUAUUAUAUUGUGAAAAAGAAAAAGAAAAACAAAACAGAAUUCAAUCUCCAUUUCAAGUAUUUCAUAGGAUAGUGUACUUCCCUUUGAGUCAUUUAAGAUUUUGCCCCUCAUAAUAGUCAAAACUGUAAAGUUUAUACAAUAUGUGUCUAAAUGUCUCAUUCCAUUCUCUUCUUUAUUGAUAUCUUUUGCUAUUUCGUC